AAAGCAGCAGCAGCAGACAAUUAUCCACACACAGAGAACAUUGUGCCGAGGACACUCCGGUCAGUGACAUCUGAGAGAAAGAGAGAGGCAGACAGAGAGGGGGAGAGAGAGCGAUUCUACUUGGCACACAGCGCCCCUGUGGCAGAGAGACUUUGACUGACGGAGGAUUCUGGAGGACAACGCAUCUCUUCUAAUCCUUUUCACACCUUUUUCUGCGUCUCGUCUGUCAUCUCGGAGACCUCCGAUGGUUCUCUAGCGUCUCUUCACCGCUUCUCGCCACCUCAGCAUCGGAUUCUGCUCAUCAGCCCGCACCUUUCUUCCCCUCUCUUCUCCUUGACUGGCCGAACCGGGGCAGAUCCCAGCCAACCCGGGCCGGGCCGUGGGGCUUUUCGGCGAGCCUCGUAGCUGAGAUGUGCGCUUCGGGACCAGGGAUCUGGGUUUCCCCCUCGGCGUGGGGAACCUCGGGCUCGUGGCAGUGCUUCUGGUGGUGGGUCGUGGCGGUCGGGGUGACAGUGGGCUCGGGGGACCCGUGGAUGUCCGCGGAGGCAUGCCCCACGACUUGCUCCUGCAGCAGCACCAGGAUCUCCUGCGUGGACCCGGAGCGAGGGAUCAGCGCGUUCCCCGUCCUGCAGAGCGAGGCGGAGAUGGAGAACAUCACCGACAUCUACAUUGCAAACCAGAGCAGCUUCUCCUCCAUUAAUGACAAAGACCUGCAUUACUACAAGAACCUCAGGAACCUUACGGUGACCAACAGCAGGCUGACAUAUGUAUCAAAACUGGCAUUUCAGAGCAACGUAAGGCUACAGUAUCUGAAUUUGAAAGACAACAACUUGUCAUCCCUCUCCUGGAGGAUAUUCAAGCACCUCAACAUCUCAUAUCUAAUCCUGUCAGGGAAUCCUCUGCACUGCUCCUGUGAGAACAUGUGGAUCAAGCUGUUGUUAGGAGAGGAAGCAGACACUCAGGAGCUGCGCUGCAUCGAGGAUGGAGGCGCACGCAAGCCUUUGUCAAGUCUGAGUCUACCGAAUUGUGAGGUUCCAAUGGCAACCCUGACCCCAUCAAAAGUGACCAGAAAGGAGAAGGAUAAUCUUGAGUUCUUCUGUACAACAUCAGGCAUGCCCUCACCUGAACUGAUCUGGGACAUGGCACUUGUCACAAACUACGUGAUCGAGACGUCUGGCCAGGUUUCAGUGCUGCGGCUCACAAACUUGUCGUCUAUGGACCACAACAAGAAGAUCAGCUGCACGGCUGAAAAUAUUGUUGGAGAGAGGGAGUCCUCUGUGUUGCUGGAUAUACUUUUUGCACCCCAAAUCACAAAACUGAGUGAUGCCAUUGCAGAUCAUCACUGGUGCAUACCCUUCAGUGUAGCAGCAAACCCAGAACCACAUAUCAAGUGGUACCGGGACAACGUGGAAGUGACAGAGGGGGAAUACAUUAUGACAAUGAUCCAUGACAUCACAGAGAGAGAAUACCACGGCUGCCUCCAGCUGGACAAUCCCACACACAUCAACAACGGGCUCUAUCGCCUGGAGGUUGCAAAUAAAUAUGGCUUUGACAAAAAGGAGAUCACAGCUCACUUUAUGCGCAGGCCAGACGAUGAAAACGAACCUUCCUACUAUGCAGAUGUAACCCCAGAGAAUCCUCCUCUAGACCCUCCUGAGGACAGAGUUGCUGUGUACGUAGUCGUGGGAAUUGCUGCUGUAGCCUUCACUGGUUUUUUGCUGAUGCUGGUUAUCCUAAAGUUUGGAGGAAAUUCCAAGUUUGGCAUCAAAGGACCGUCAUCGGUGAUCAGCAAUGAUGACGACUCAGCUUCUCCUCUUCAUCAUGUCUCCAAUGGCAGCAACACUCCCUCUUCCUCAGAGAUGGGUCCUGAUGCUGUCAUCAUUGGCAUGACCAAGAUCCCUGUGAUAGAAAACCCUCAGUAUUUCAGGAGCACCAACAGCCUGCUGAAGACUGACACUUUUGUCCAGCACAUUAAGCGGCACAACAUCGUUCUGAAGAGAGAACUGGGAGAAGGAGCUUUUGGAAAAGUUUUCCUGGCUGAGUGCUACAACCUUUCACCUGACCAGGAGAAGAUACUCGUUGCUGUCAAGACACUGAAAGAGGCCAGUGAAAAUGCCAGGAAGGAUUUCCACCGAGAGGCCGAGCUGCUGACCAACCUGCAGCAUGAGCACAUCGUCACGUUCUACGGCGUUUGUGUGGAGAGCGACCCUCUCAUCAUGGUGUUUGAGUACAUGAAACACGGAGACCUGAACAAGUUCCUCAGGGCUCACGGACCAGAUGCAGUUCUGAUGGCAGAAGGCCAGACCACCAGACCCGUGGAGCUGACCCAGUCUCAGAUGCUCCAUAUUGCUCAACAGAUAGCAUCUGGCAUGGUCUACCUGGCAUCACAGCACUUUGUGCACCGCGACUUGGCCACCAGGAACUGUCUGGUGGGUGAGAACCUGCUGGUUAAGAUCGGAGACUUUGGCAUGUCCAGGGAUGUUUACAGCACAGACUACUACAGGGUAGGUGUCGGAGGUCAUACCAUGCUGCCAAUCCGCUGGAUGCCCCCUGAAAGCAUCAUGUACAGGAAGUUCACCACAGAAAGCGAUGUUUGGAGUCUCGGAGUCGUCCUUUGGGAGAUCUUCACCUAUGGGAAGCAGCCUUGGUACCAGCUCUCCAAUAAUGAGGUGAUUGAGUGUAUAACUCAAGGUCGCGUGUUGCAGCGUCCCAGAACCUGCCCCAAAGAGGUGUACGACCUGAUGCUGGGCUGCUGGCAAAGAGAACCACACAUGAGACUCAACAUUAAAGAAAUCCAUGGUCUGCUCCUAAAUCUGGCCAAGGCCUCACCUGUUUAUCUGGAUAUACUGGGCUGAACAAGUGGAAGAUCAAACACAGUGUGUGUGUGUGUGUGUGUGUGUGUGUGUGUGUGUGUGUGUGUGUGUGUGAGGUUAUAUUUAAAUGUAUGUGCAUUUAAAGUUUGCAUGCAUGUGUAUGUGAGUCAAAGUGGGCAUUGGGACACUUCCGACUGAAGUGUUUGAUGGAUGCUGACGUAAGUGUGUGUCUGUAGGUGUGUAUGCGUGUCCAGAAUGUGUAACUGUACAGGAUGUGAAGCUCACUUUAUGGCAAUCAAAAAAUAUUCCUUCAACUCCUCCCUUCAUCAUCUCUUUCCCACCGGCCAACUUCUUCACCUGUGUGCAAUCCGAUUCGUUCUGCUUCUUCACCAAGGAGACUUUUAUCAAGAGUGAUUUAACUUUCAAGCUUCUCACUUCUUCUCAGAUGCUUUAAACUCACUGAAAGUUAACUGAUAAAAUAACAAACAAACAAACGGAUGAAUAAGAUUUAUUAAUUGACUUAUCCCUUUGCUGCCUGUAAGACAACAGACCAUGUUUGAGCAUCUGGGAAACUCGAGGUGGAGCAGCAAGAGAAGGCGGAGGAAUUUCUGGAAGCUCCGACCAUUUUGCUUGUAAAUAGGAGACUGAUGGGACACUUCCGGAGAAACGGCUCUGCGAGAUGCUGUGCCGUUAAGACACUGUGUUAUCCUCUUUCGCCUCUGUCUGUCUUUUUUUUCCGUCUUCCUCUCUAAACUGAGGAUUACAGUCAGCAGUUAACCAGCAGGACUACAAACACAACAAUUGAGACAUCAGUAUGCAUGUGGGAAAUUGAGCAUGACACAACAAUGGCCAGAAAAGGAAAGAAAGGUAAACACAAUCUCCUUCCCUGCCUGUCAGAUGAAAUUAAGAGGUGCGUUGAGGAGAUCAUUUCUGGUUGGCCAAUAUUGCUGAUGCACAAAACAAUCGGUGACAACACGGCUGCAACCGACUACUGUGGUGAAAAGAGAUUUCAGACAUCAUGCUGAGGUACUCACUUACAUGGGUUUGCAUUUUACAGCUGUAAUCUGUUGCAUUUUACUUUCCUCAGGCCUGAGAUGCAAAGUCAUACAGAGCAGAGUAACACGAUAACUACUCCACCCCAAACCUCCGAAGCGACAGAUGCUCCACUUGUGAUGUCAAGCGUUUGUGUCGGAGGUCAAUUGAUUCAUUUGUCCGCAGCUGUCCGACAAUCGCAAAAAUCACAGUGUUGGGGGAUAUUGGGGAGUGGUGGCUGGAGGGUUGGGUAGCGUAAAGGCUGCUGAGGGAGUUUGGGUAUCGAGUGGUCAGACCAUGGUCAAAUGUGUGGGUGACUCCACUGUAGAAGGUGUGGUUCAUCUGGUCAACCCCUAUUAAAUCUUCAAAGCUCUCAGCACUCAGACAUUCUUGAAAACCACAUCUGCGUAAGAGGGGAUGCGCACGAGAGCACACCCACACAUAUCUAUUGGAUACCUCAUCCUGUCAUCCCUGCAUCCCCACAGACCCACCCCCACUCACUGAAAGACACUCAAAAUGGGCCGAGAAGGAAAUUGAAUUGUACAUGUUUUAUUAUUUGAGCGGUGCAGUGCUUUAGCCGGGCCCCGUCCCCUGUAAUGGUGUAAUGUAUAUUUCAUUACAGCUAAUGGGCUCCAUUAGCACAGUCUCCUCACAGACAUUCAAGACUUAUUGUUUUAUGGCCGAGAAUAAGAGAUGGAGGGAUGGAAAGGUGAAGGAGAAGAAAACAGUUAGGCUCGCCGGAUUUAGGAGCGGCGACGCGUAGGAAUACGGGCAGAUGUAUUAAUGCGUCCUGGAAAGCAAUUGAGCAGACUACAGAGAGGAAACAGCGAAGUAAAAAGAAAGGGACUGGAGACGGACUUGGCAAGAUGAAGGAAGGAGAGAAGUGAGAAUCUCCUCUGGGAAAAAAAAGAAGCGUGAACAUCCAUCAUUACUAUGGCCAGCAGAUGUUCUGUAAGCCACAACUUCAACUUUACGCUCCCUUCACAUUCCUACAGCUGCCUUUAACCACAGACAGUACACACACUUCAAUGCAGGCCAGGGUUUCCGCAGGGUCUUAAAACGUUAUAAAGACUUUAAUGCAUUAGUCCUAAAAUUUCUUUAAUGAGGUCAGAUUUUCAGUAGGUCAUAAACUGAACACUGUUUUGUCUCAAAUUUAAAUCUUCAUUCAAUUAUUGCUUCCUUAACUUUCAUCAACUUCUUUUAUGUCUUUGCACCGUGAUUGGUUGUCUAGACUGUGUUAUUAUGUCAUCAUAAAACUUCAAACCCUAUAAUGCAGGACAGCAAUAAGCCCUGUGGCAAGGAAUUUGUCCUCAGACAUUCAGCCUUCCUCCUGAAACUGCAGAAGUUUUACGCUUGCAAAAUUUACCUUUGGACUUCUAAUUUUAUGUUUAGGUAUUUAAAUACAACUGAUUUUUUUUUUUUGUUGUUUGUUUGUUUUCCACCAUUUAUAAACUUGGUAUUUAAGAAAGACAUACAAAGCAAAAUUGCAGCAUAAAGAGAAAUGAAAGAGAAUUAAAAAAAAAAAAACCAAUAAAUACUGAAGGCAUAAUAAAAUGACUUGAUAAACCUGUUUACAGUCAAGGUUCUAACUUAUGAACCUUGAUUAGCAACUCAGAAAUGAUCUAGGCCCAAGUAUUUCCAUACUGUUUGAGAUCAAUAACAAGAUUUUAAAAUCUGUUCUUUUACAAACUGGGAACCAGUGCAGUGAUUUGUGAUCUUGUGUGAUGUAUUAAAAUUUCUUCUCUUGGUCACGAUUGUUGUCUCAUUUUAAUGAGCUGCCGCUGAUUGACUUUUUAACAGAGACCAGUAGUGAUAAUUGAAGUUACCCAGUUAAAGCAUUAAUAUAGAUACAAUUCUGACUACCACUCAUUAAAACUAUGGACAUACUGGCUUUAAGCUUAUAGUGAAAUUUGUUGAUAUGGUGAGACACAAAGCUGUGUGUCAUCAGCAAACAUUAUGGUAAAAUCAAUGUUUGAUUAGUUUCCAAUCAGAAUCAGGAAGUGCAUGUAGAUGAAGAGAAUAGAGCCUUGAUGAUAUUCAUUUGUUCACUUGUGAUCUUUGAUAGUUAACAAAUGAAACAAAGUCGUCACAGUCUGGUGAGUAACAUCUGAACCCAUCAAGGAAAGUACCAGACACACCCGCCUACUUUACUAGUGAAUCAGUAUGUUUGAAUCAGCUGUGUUAAGAUCCAGUGAAACAACAAACAGGCUUCAGGCACAUUGAUAUUUAAAACUUUUACUAGUGCUGAAGUGCGAUCAAAAACUUCAGCACUAGUAUGAAUUAAAGAGGUUGUUUUUGUUUUAUCAACAAUGAACUACGGUAAUUAUUGCUGUUUGCCAAAAAGUCGUUAGGCCAGAAACAGAACUGCAGUUAUUUUUUUAUUGAAACAUCCACACUCGGCUUUAUAAAAAUUGGUUUGAUAUCUGAAGCUUUGAAAUAAUUUUUGUGAAAGUUACGAUACACUGUGGGAAGGUAUUUGAGGUUUAUAGCAAGUGCAAAGGCAUUAAGGUAAAAUACAUAUUUAUGUUGACAAAGCUAGAUUGAACUUGUUUAUACUCUAAAGUUCGUUCGACAUCAGUUGGGUUGUUUUUUCAUAUACAUACAUCGUAAUUUUAAAUCACAGUGGACUUGGAAAGACUUCUGGAAGGUCUUGACAUAACCUUACUGAUACUUGCAGAAACCCUGCUGCCUCACAUACGUACUAACAAACUCUGAAAAUAAUCUUUAAGGAUCGAUCACACAUCCUGCGAUAACAGAACCACUUCACUCCACAUACAACUCUGCUCUGGCUUACAGACAUACUGUAAAUACAGCUCACAUGCAUGCAAAAAAACACAUGUGACGUUUGCUUUUGCAUUUUACUUGUGCAUAUUUUACUCUUUACAGGCAUAUUUAAAAGUCAUUACCAGCACGAUUUCACUUACGGUCAUUUUGAUUUGCUGUAGAGAUUUCAUUUGGAAUAAUAGGUCUUUAUUUGUUAUUUAACUGCAGCACUUGAUGGUAUUGAUGUUUGUGGAUUUGAUUUCCUGUUAUCUAAUUUAUAAACUUGUAAACCUUUUUGUACAUUUCUUUCUAUUUUUAGGGUUGCCUUUUUUGCAACUGCAAACUGAAUUUGAAUUUAAUGAUUAUGUUUACACAAAUGUGUAAGAUAAUCUUGAGUGUGUGGGUAUUUUUACAUCCCGUUCCUUCUUGAUAACAACAGAGCCUGUCCUCAUGGACACUGCUCACGGCAGCAGGGAUGAAUAUCUCACCACUAUGUCACUUAUGUCGAUUGAGUUUGACAUUUUGCCAAAAUUAUUCUCACCUGUCAGAAUAACUGCAAGGGUUAAUGGCUGCAGCAUUGACAGCGCAUGCUAACAGGGUUAAAAAAUGAAAAAAAAAUCUGUCCCUGCUGAAGCACACCAACCACACUCAAAACAAAACCCGACACACAAUAUCUCUGUGCAAUAACAGAGGGCAGGGUGUGUAAGCUGGAAAAAACUGUGAAAAAUAAAUACAGUGCGUACGGACACUUCUGAUGUCAAAAGAGUAGCGUACACUGAAGCAGCUCCCCAGCUCCCAGCACUGUUUCUGCACUUACCUGCUGUGUUUGUUUCUCCCAUUUUUUUUAAAUAAUAAUGAAGUGGGUGACGUUGGACAGGGGUGAUGUUUUGGCAGCGAGAGAUGGAAGAGAUUGGUCUGCACAGAUCGGCAGUCUUUGCAUCACUGCCUCUGAUCAGAAAAAAAAAACCCUGAAAAAGUAAAAACAACAUCUGCCGUGUGAAUGGAAACCUCAGACAGAAGGGACUGACAAUCACAGACUUCUCUACACUCACUCUCUCUUUAUCAAGUGACCUACUGUAUGAUAGAUUAUUCAACCAAUUUUUCCUCUUCUAUGCUGCCUAUACUGUAUGUGAUAGUCUUAACCUCCGGUCCUUAGAAGUGCUACUUUUGUCCUUUUUCUUUCUUUUUUUUUCUUUUUUUGUAAAAUAACGGCAAGAGGGAUGAACAAGAAUUUAUGUAAAAAAUGUGAAUAAGCUGCUGGAAGAAAUAAGCAUUAUUAACUGGUUUGUCCCAGACUGUACCGGUAUUUAGACUGAAAUGUUUUACUCUUUCAUGUUUGAAUCAAGGGGGUGCUAGUUGGGUAGGUGAACCAAGACAAAAAAAUGACAUCCAGUGGCCCCCAGGGAAAAUGUACGGCUUUUUGAUUAUUCGGUUUCGGUGAGUGUGUGUGCGUGCGUGCGUGUGUGUGUGUGUAAAAAGCUGGCUGAUUUGCAGCAUUCAAACUAAAUCCAAGCUCAAAUAUCAUAAGACUCAACACAGGAAGCAGAAUUUGAUUUAUUGUUGCUGUAUGCCAAUUUCAUGAUAAAUAACUGCAAACCAUCUCAUGGAAAUGUGGUUGUUUUUUAUGGCAGCUAUGAUUAAUAGAGUCAGUCAUUCUCUCUUUUUUUUUUAUAAAAGCUCAAGUUAGGCUUCUUUUUGCCUCGAUUUAUCAAAGCCUGGGUUUCACACUAGCAUAUCAACAACAGUUUCUAGAGAAAUCUGUCCUGCCCCUUUGCCUUACUUCAAUGUAUUUUACAUUAGACUCUGUUCUGUGACUCCAGGGUGCAUUUCAAAUGCAAUAUAUGUACUUCACAACUUUAGAAAUGUUAUGAUCCACAUCACAUUUAGUGCUCCCACACCCCACUCUCUUUCUCACACAACCGUGACAUCAGACUUUGAUUUAAUCGAGCUGAAAUAUCACUAAGGUCAUCUCUCGGAUUACUUUUGUGCUUGGAUGCUCUGGAGUACCUAGAAGAAUGUAAUGCAUAAAAGCAGCUUUUUUUUUUCUUUUUUUUUUGGGAGAGAAAAGGGAAGAACUAACCUGUGAUGUAAAAAUAGUCUCUUUUCCUUUUUCUUGUUCUAUGGUUUUCUUCUGAACUUAAAAUGUUUUGCUGAAUCCACAAAGAUAUGACAAUGGAGGAAUGCAACUAUCAAGACCCUGCUGUCAAUUCUACUUAGAGACUGCAAACUCAAACUACUUGUAUUUGUUUCUGCAAAUGGGUAAUUUGUGCUCCCUUACACACACACACACACACACACACACGCACACACACACACACACACACGCACGCACACGCACACACACACACACACACACACACACACACAUCCACACAGGGAGAAGCUGGACAUGUUAUAGUUGAGUGAUGGAAAUAAUAAUACAGUAUUUAUUCAUAAUGGUGAUGAUGAUGAUGAUGAUGAUGAUGAUGAUGAUGAUGAUGAUGAUGAUGAUGAUGAUGAUGAUGGUGAUGAUCAUGUGAUCUUUUUUUCUGAAGGGGGACCAGUCUGUUGUGAUACAAUGUAAUUAA